AUGGCUGGGCAGCAGCGCCUAACAAGCAGCAGCAGCGUAGGCACUGCCCAGCACAGCCACACACAUCAUGCUUGUGCUAGCUGGGCUGGUGCUAGCUGCCUGGGCUUGCUGGCACUGCUAGCUGGCUGCCAGCCCAACAACCCCUUGAUGCCGGUUUUAUGUGGGGGUGGGGGACUAACCCUUGGGCAAAGCCUUGGGGAGCAAGCCGAUGCUAUGGACCAAAUUUCCGCAUCCAAGAAGGCGGCCGCCCUUCUGCGGUCUUCCAUUAUGAGCCUCAAGCGGCCAUCAAUUGAUUCUCCUGCCAAGGAGACGCCCAAGGCGGGCUCAUCCAAACCCUCUUCCUCCCAGCAGCCGGACUCAAAGGUUCGGAAACAGACAGCUGGGAGUACGCCUGGUUUUGACAGGAAACAGGCGGUUGAAAAACAGCCGUGCAUCCCACAAAGUGGGGGAAAACAAACGCAAGUCCCAAGGGACAGCCGGCCUCCAAGAGGCGGCCAUCAAGAACCAGACUUGGUCAACAUGGCCAAGUAUGUGGUGAAAGCCAUCCCUCUAGAGGAGAGGGAUGCGACUAUGCUUCGUGUACACGGCCUCCAUAGGUCGAUUAGUGCCAAAAACAAAGAGGCGGCUGCCACUUCGGAGAUCAAAGACAAGUUGGAGGCGGCCAAUAAACAGAACCAAGAGCUGGAGAAGACGGUCAAAAGCCUCCGAGACGAGUUGCAGCCACUUAAGAACAUUGCCCAUAAGGCUGAAAGUCUCCAGAAGUCUUUGGACAAGGUUAAGGAGCGCCUAGAGAAGCAGGAGGUGGCCAUCAUUGAAGAGCUCAAGGCCAAGGCUGAGACCGAGAAGCUGGCUUUGGCUCAGGCCAUGAUGGAGGACUCGACUAAUAUAAUGAAGAUGACCUGGUCGACCCUCUUCCCAAAAGGUGACUAUGCCCAAUGGGAUUCCAAGUUCACCGCCUGUACUGAAGAGUACAACAGAAGGAUCAUGAAGCAGGAGGCUGACGAGGAUGAAAAAGAGGAGGAGGUGGCCAGCUCCAGCUUAGGCGAGGAGGAAGAGGAGAUGGUAGACCAGCCAACGGAGGCGGAUGCUCCUAAGGGUCUUGUCCCUAAAAACGAGUCAAACAAAGAGGAUUCCUUGAAGGAUCCGGCGCCCAUAAUUGAGCUCGAUCUGACGACAGUUGACUCCGAAGCACCUCCUACUGUUUAA